GGUGCCAGGAAGGAGUACUUGGGAUUCCAGUUGCUGGACUCUGUUGGUAGAAUGGCCCCACUGCAUCUGCUGCUCCACUGUGCCACCACUCUGCUGAUUGCCAACGCUUUGCUGACUCCCCAGCUGCCGGGCACCGAAAGCGAUGGCAAAUCCAAGGGCGGAUUUCCCUUUGCCCUGGACGAGGACGUAGAUGGCGUGGAGUUGCCUCUGGAGGUGGACCAGGACAUGACUAGCGAUCAGGCAUCGGGCAGGACUCAGCACUCGAUGCCGCCCGCCUGGCUGACCUUUGAUCCUGAGCCUGCACCACCCACCAAGCACCGGAGCAGCCACAAGCCGCAGACGAUUAUCAAGCAUCCAACCAGCAGUGGAUUCCACAAGCUCUCAGCCCAUGGACACCGAUCCUGCCAUGUGGAGGUCGUCAAGGAGGUGCAGGGCAUCUGCCAGUCGAUGCCUAUAGGCAGUGCCUGCGUCACCGAUGACUAUAUGGCUGUCUACACCGAUGCCAACUGCUCUGCUCAAUAAAAAAACAAACGGCUCACCUUCAUUCCGCACUGUUUGAUUGAUUGAUUGAUUUGAAUGUUCCCGUGUAUGUGUGUGUGCGAGUUUAUAUUUUUGAGGGAUAACGAGAACACGACUACCUGAUGCGCGAUGCUGAAAAGCAGAAGUUGUCUAAAAUAAAUCAGUUCAAUGUUUA